AUGGCCCCCAGCGCGUCCAUGCUGUUCCUCAGCUACCACCAGCUCCACCACGGCACAGCGGCGACAGAGGCGGAGGCCGCACCGCGCGAGGGUGCGACCGGUGCCGGCGGCUUCCGGUUCAGCUUCCGCAACGUCUUCUCUUCCGCUGUCCUGGCGCCGCCGCGACGGGAUGCGGCUCCGGCGGGCGCCGAGGGGAAGCAGAGGGGGUGCCACGCCGGCGGUGAUCAGGAGGCCCAGCCCGCGGCGCUGGGAAGCAGGUUCGAGGAGGCCGUGGAGCUCAGCUGCUGGUCGUCCUGA